CACGAUGAGUCUUCGCGAAAGAAAGGUCGCUGUAGUCUCCUCCCAGCAACCCAAAGCGACCUCAGCUGAUGAGCUUCCAAGGACUGGAGGAAGUGAAGGAUGUGUACGAAGUGUAUACCUCCUAGUCUAAUGGCAGCUUGGGAUAAGGGAGCCCGCUGUGAACUGGGCAUUGGAGCAGCACCGGGAAUGUCCAUGGUGAGAGGGGAGACGGGGACUCCAAGAGAUGAAAGAAGACAACCAGAAUGAACCACCGGAUGGUUUAGCAAACGCUUCCGACUUCCCCGAUUAUGCAGCUACUUUUGGAAAUUGCACCGAUGAAAAAAACUCACUCAAGAUGCACUAUCUUCCUGUUAUUUAUAGCAUCAUCUUUCUGGUAGGCUUCCCGGGGAACGCAGUAGCCAUCUCCACUUACAUUUUCAAAAUGCGGCCCUGGAAAAGCAGCACCAUCAUCAUGCUGAACCUGGCCUGCACCGACUUGCUGUACCUCACCAGCCUCCCUUUCCUGAUCCACUACUACGCUAGCGGGGAAAACUGGAUCUUCGGGGAGUUCAUGUGCAAGUUCAUCCGCUUCGGCUUCCACUUUAACCUGUACAGCAGCAUCCUCUUCCUCACCUGUUUCAGCAUCUUCCGUUACAUCGUGAUCAUCCACCCAAUGAGCUGCUUUUCCAUUCACAAAACUCGCUGGACAGUGGUAGCCUGUGCUGUGGUGUGGAUCAUUUCGCUGGUGGCUGUCAUGCCCAUGACCUUCCUGAUCACAUCCACCAACAUCACCAAUCGAUCCGCCUGUCUUGACCUCACCAGUUCAGAUGACCUUACCACUAUCAAGUGGUACAAUCUAAUUUUGACUGCCACCACCUUCUGCCUCCCCUUGGUGAUAGUGACACUUUGCUAUACGACAAUUAUCAACACCCUAACCCACGGACCUCAGACUCAGAGCUGCCUUAAACAGAAAGCUCGAAGGCUGACCAUUCUGCUCCUGCUCGUAUUUUAUAUAUGCUUUUUACCCUUCCAUGUCUUGAGGGUCAUUCGGAUCGAAUCACGCCUGCUUUCAAUCAGCUGCUCCAUCGAGAAUCACAUCCACGAAGCUUACAUCGUCUCUAGACCCUUAGCUGCUCUGAACACCUUUGGUAACCUGUUACUGUACGUGGUGGUCAGCAACAACUUCCAGCAGGCCAUCUGCUCAAUAGUGAGGUGCAAAGAGAGCGGGGAUCUCGAGCAGGCAAAGAAAGUCAGUUGUUCAAACAACCCUUGAAAUAUUUCAUAUACUCCACCAAAAAUAGAAUCCUGUUGACGAUUUACCUAUUACUUCUGAGAAGCCCAGAAUAUCCCCUUCAAUGAACUCGCAGUCAAUACUGUGUAUUCAGGUAAUCUUGGCUAAAGCCAAGGGCUGGGCUGCUAGGAGUUCUCUGUAAUCUGCUUGUUGGGGUCCUCCCAUAGGUAGAAAUAAGUCAGAUGCAUGCUUACCAGUAGAGCAUUCAAACGCAGGAUUGUAGAUGACCGCGACUGAGGGGCAUCUCAGAGAGUAUCUCAUUCCACCAACUUAUUAGAUACACGUGGAAACUAAAGUUCAUAUGAGUUCUCCAGAUGUCUCAAUCAGUGCCAAGGUAGGAAAACAAAACAAACUUUUUGCUCCUUCUUUCAUGUCCUUCAAACUUUGCUUUGAGAUUAUUGAACUGGGUUUGUUCACUGGGUUUGGUCAGUUCUGUAAAUUGAGGCAAGCCAUAAGAUUCCUAAUAUAAGAUGUAUAUAGUACCUGCAAAUAGUAUCUGCAAGAUAUUUGGGUACUGCAUCUUCAUUGUUGUAGAACAUCUUAAAAGUCGUUACUGGAUUUUUACAACGAUCAUGUUGUAUUCGUAAUCAUCAACAUAUCCCGGGGAGGAAGGGUUCAUUUAAGGAACGGAAGUUCUUUCUAACAGCAUGCAUGCCUUGGGUGUUAAAUCAGAACUAACACUGUUUUAAUUUCUGUGGGAAAAUACUCCAGGAAAUAUUAAUUAUCUUUAAAUAUUUUGCUCUUUUAUGACUAUAAACAAAAUAUAUCAUUAAAACUGUUGAAUUUAUUCUUCGAAUUGUGUCCGUGUGUGCUUAAUUAUCAGU